AUCUAAUAACUCUUCUCCUCACCCAGACCCUCUCUCUCUCUCUCUCAAAACCAACAAUGGCUCUAUCAAACACCACAUCACUCUCUCCCAAACCCCUCCUACAAUCCCAACCACCCUUCCCUUCUUCCCAAACCCACCACCCCACUUUCUGUCUCCUCCCCAAAAAAUCCCGCCACCCCAUCUCCGCAGUCCACGCCGACCAGCCAUCCAAAACCCCUGUCGCCACCACCCCAAUUCCAUCUCCGCCGUCCAUGGCGACGCCAGGGCGGUGGAGCCCAGACAGCUGGAAAUCGAAGAAGGCCUUGCAACUUCCAGAGUACCCAAAUGAAGAUGAUCUUGAAACGGUGCUCAAAACCAUCGAGUCGUUUCCUCCCAUUGUGUUCGCCGGAGAGGCGAGGACGUUGGAGGAGCGGCUGGCGGAGGCGGCGAUGGGGAAAGCUUUUCUUUUGCAAGGAGGUGAUUGCGCUGAGAGUUUCAAGGAGUUUAGUGCUAAUAACAUAAGGGAUACUUUCAGGGUUUUGCUUCAGAUGGGGGUUGUUCUUAUGUUUGGUGGCCAAGUGCCUGUGAUCAAGGUGGGCAGAAUGGCUGGUCAAUUUGCAAAACCAAGAUCUACACCAUAUGAGGAGAUAAAUGGUGUGAAGUUGGCAAGUUACAAAGGGGACAACAUAAAUGGUGAUGCUUUCAAUGAGAAGUCGAGAACUCCAGAUCCAGAGAGGAUGAUAAGGGCUUAUUGCCAAUCUGCCGCGACCCUAAACCUUCUUAGAGCUUUUGCAACCGGAGGGUAUGCUGCAAUGCAGAGGGUUACCCACUGGAAUCUUGACUUUGCACAGAAUAGCGAGCAAGGAGAUAGGUAUCAGGAACUAGCUCACAGGGUUGAUGAGGCCUUAGGAUUCAUGGCUGCAGCAGGACUCACAGUUGAGCACCCUAUCAUGACCACAACUGAGUUCUGGACAUCUCAUGAAUGCUUGCUUUUACCUUAUGAACAAGCACUUACCAGACAGGAUUCGACUUCUGGCCUUUUCUAUGAUUGCUCUGCUCACUUCAUAUGGGUUGGGGAGCGUACCCGACAGUUGGACGGUGCCCAUGUCGAGUUUCUACGAGGAGUUGCCAAUCCCCUUGGCAUCAAGGUGAGCGAUAAGAUGGAUCCCAAUCAGCUAGUUAAUCUCAUUGACAUCCUAAAUCCCGUUAACAAGCCAGGAAGAAUAACUAUAAUUGCAAGAAUGGGUGCUGAGAACAUGCGAAUCAAGCUGCCGCAUCUGAUUAGGGCUGUUCGUAGUGCGGGACAUAUUGUGACUUGGGUUUGUGAUCCAAUGCAUGGAAACACUAUAAAGGCACCUUGUGGACUCAAAACACGGCCUUUUGAUGCAAUCUUGGCUGAGGUUAGAGCCUUCUUUGAUGUGCACGAGCAAGAAGGGAGCCACCCCGGAGGUAUUCAUCUUGAGAUGACAGGGCAGAAUGUGACAGAAUGCAUUGGUGGCUCCCGAACUGUGACUUUUGACGAUCUCAGCUCACGCUAUCAUACCCAUUGCGACCCAAGGCUCAAUGCUUCUCAAUCUCUUGAGCUGGCUUUUAUUAUUGCCGAGCGGCUAAGAAAAAGGAGGAUUGGAACUCAACACAAGCUUUCUUUGAGUCUUUAGAUGUAUUCGCAAGUCCUUCAAUUUCUCUAGUUUGUGCCUUAAAUUCAAGCCAUCCACCAGAGCUUCCUUUGCGGGUACCAGGUUCCAGGGUACUGCAUGAAUACGGAUUGCUUUUUAUUGGGCGAAGGAAACUCUGGCGAAAACCCCCAAUUUCGACUUUGAAGCCGUGUGAAGCUGUUAAUGGUAAGUUAUUCUUUAGUGUUCAGGUUAUCUUUUGAGCAUGGAGCGGAUGUGCCCUACCAUGAUUUGAAUCCUUAAUAUUGUAGUGUAUGACUGUAAGCUGCAAAUAGCUGGACAAUAUGGAUUGCCUUGUAAUAAUGUUCUAUUGGUUUUGUGGAUUGGAAGUUAAUAUUUAUGAACCUAAGUAUGCAUGUCAUUCAAGAUA